GGGAUCAGCUGCCCACGCACAGCGGUGGGGCCGCGCCGCCACGGUGGGGCCGCGGGGCGGGUGGGAUCCCCGGCUCCCCCCAGCAUCUCCCGCUCCGGGACCCCCCACCCACUGCGCGGUCCCCAUCCCCACCCGCAUCGGGGUCUCCCCGUCCCCUCCCUGGCCUGGGGCUGCCCCGCGCGUCCCCUGGUCCCCCGUGGGGUGUCGGUGCCGCUCCCCCCGCCCCCCCCCCCCCCCCCAGCUUUGCUCCGGAGGGGCUCGGGGUGACCCCGGGGCUGAGCCCUCCAGCGAGGACGUGGCACGGCGGCGCCUGACCGUGGGCUGCUGUGCCUUCCCUCGUUAUCUUUAUUAAUAUUAUUACUAUUUUAAUUUUUUAUUAUUUAUUGUUAAACCCUUAUCUGCCCUGCCUGGGGAACGUGGGAUGGGGGCUCGGGAGCUGUCCCCACUCCCUCUCCCCGGGGGUCGCUGCCAGCGGUAGGUGCCCCCCGCCGUAGGGCAGGGUGCCAUGGGGCCAGCCGGGGUGCUCAGCCUGGCGGGGGCCAGCGGGGCACAGGCAGCCGGGACCCCACUGCUGCUGGACCUGGGGCACACGAUCUCUCCUGGGGGGGAUGCUCUGAGCCACGGCCGGGGCCUGGAUUGCUGGGAGGUGCGGAAACACAACAGCUCUGAGUGGUGCCGCUUCAUCCGGAGCAACCCUGACUGCCGGCUGGAGGGCGGCUUCCUCAACUACCUCGAGGGGGUCUUCUGUGUCUUCCCCCCCCGGCUGCUCCCCCUGGCCGUCAGCCUCUAUGCUCUGUGGCUCCUGUACCUGUUCAUCAUCCUGGGCGUGACGGCAGAGAAGUUCUUCUGCCCCAACUUAUCGGCCAUCUCCACCAACCUGAAGCUGUCUCACAACGUGGCAGGUGUCACAUUCCUGGCCUUUGGCAAUGGGGCACCAGAUGUCUUCAGUGCCGUGGUGGCCUUCUCCGACCCCCGGACAGCGGGGCUGGCCAUCGGGGCUGUCUUUGGUGCCGGUGUGUUUGUGACCACGGUGGUGGCCGGGGGCAUCGCCCUGGUCAAGCCCUUCACAGCCGCCUCCAGGCCCUUCCUCAGGGAUGUCAUCUUCUACAUGGUGGCUGUCUUCCUCACCUUCAUGGUCCUCUACUUCGGCAGGAUCACGCUGGGGGAGGCUCUGGGUUACUUGGGGCUGUAUGUCUUCUACGUCUUCACCGUGGUGCUCUGCACCUGGAUUCACCGGCGGCAGCGUGGGGAAGGGCUGCCCCCCCCCAGACCUUGGGAGCCAGAGAUGCUGACAGAUGCCGAAGAGCAGGAGUCCUCGGGCACAAACAGCGGAGACUAUGGUGAGGAGUACCGGCCCCUGCUCCCCUCCCAGGAGACCUCCUUGCGCAUCCUCACCACUGCCCUCAGCCCCUUGGACUACCGCAAGUGGAGGAGGAAGCCCUGGUACUGGCGGCUCUUCAAGAUUUUCAGGGUGCCUGUGGAGCUGGUGCUGCUGCUCACUGUUCCUGUUGUGGACCCUGACAAGGACGACCUGAACUGGAAGAGACCCCUCAACUGCCUGCACAUCCUCACCAGCCCCCUGCUCUGCGUCCUCACCCUGAAGUCGGGUGCCUAUGGGCUGUACCAGAUCCAGGGUGUCUUCCCAGUCUGGGGACUGGUCAUACUGGUUGGCUCUGUCCUGGCCAUCAUCAUCUUCAUCACCACGAGCAACGAGCAGCCACCCAAGUACCACUGUGUAUUUGCCUUCCUUGGGUUUCUGGCCAGUGCCAUGUGGAUCAACGCUGCAGCCACAGAGCUGGUGAACAUCUUGCGGACAUUGGGCAUCAUCUUCCAGCUGAGCAACACCGUGCUGGGCUUGACGCUGCUGGCCUGGGGCAACAGCAUUGGCGACACCUUCUCCGACCUCACCAUGGCACGACAGGGCUACCCCCGCAUGGCCUUCUCUGCUUGCUUCGGGGGCAUCAUCUUCAAUAUCCUGGUCGGCGUGGGACUCGGCUGCCUGCUGCAGAUGACAAGCAGUCAGCUGGUGGUAAAGCUGGAGCCUGACAGCCUCCUGGUCUGGGUCCUCGCUGGGGCCCUGGGGCUGAGCUUGGUGUUCUCCUUCGUGUCGGUGCCAGCGCAGUGCUUCCAGCUGGGCAAGGCGUACGGCAUCUGCCUCAUCAUCUACUACCUGGCCUUCCUCUGUGUGGCCCUGCUGACCGAGUUCAGGGUGAUCCAUCUCUCCACCGUGUGAGCAGCCCCGCUGCCGGCAGGAGAUGCACAUCCAUCCCUGGCUCUCUCCCUCUGCCUUCCUGAUGGAUUGGGGCCUCUCUGCCAGGGGGACAAGGGCUGGAGGCACCACGUGCCACCACAGCCCUGGGCUGUUGCUUUCUGGAGGGGGCUGGCUGGUUGUGCUUUGGGAAAGGAAAAGGAGCUGUUAGUCAUUAGCUAUGUCCUCUCCCCACUCUGUUUAAUCGUGUUUAACGCCUGGCAGCUCUGAGGUGAAGACCUGUUUCCUCCAGACCCGGUAGCAGGGACAGAGGAGAGGGCAGGGUCACAACAGGAGAGAUUUUACUUCUUCAACCACUUUACUUUCCCCUCCACAUCUCCAUCCUGGCUGCCGUGGGACAGGGUUAGGGGAGUUGUGCUACAUGGGGUAACUGAAGAUCUGAGCACAAGUCUGUUACUGCAAAUGACAUGACGUGUUUGCACCCUGGGUGGGAAAUAGUAGCAGAGGCAAAGCCAGACAGGGUUAAGGUGAGGCAAAGCUUCAGGGCAGCGCUUGGUUUUAAUGCAAGCAAAGCUGGAGGAAAAAAAACACCCAACAAACCAAGGGAGGCUGGUUUCCCCUGCUUUUUUUAAGCUAUGUUUUUCAACCUGAGUUUCAGAUUCUACUUUUCUCCUCCUCCUAGGGUGGCCAGAGCUGUAGGAAAGAAUGUGGAAGUUUGUACACAGCAUUAGCCUCUGGCAAGACUAGGUUUAGGCACUGUAAAAAAAAAAUAAUAAAAAAUUGCAAUUAAAAACGCCCCCCAAACCCAA